CUGCUCAGUGUGCGGGAAACGACGUUGUAGCUCAGUUGUGUGUGUGAUAUAUACGCUCAGUCAAAAGGCCUUCCCGAGCUCCGGUUGUGUGGAAGGGCUAGGCGAUCGGUUCAGUUCACGCGAAGCACAAAAAGAGGUAUAAGUUGUGGCAUCUAGUUCAUUCACACGAGCGUAACGUCGUGUGGUGGCCAUGCGUCGACGCUUUGUACUCGUAUGAAGUAUGAUUGUAUCAUGCGUGUGACACAACGUCCGUCGCGCGCGUCGCGGCCGACCACCAGCCGCUGCCAUUCAGUGUGCCAAGAUACGAUUUCAUCGGCACUCUCACUUUGCCAGUAGUCGCACGUGCUCCAUCGCACGCAGCGAGACUGCAAGGCAUUAUUCUAACGAAGUUAUUCUACAAAUAAAGACACUGACACUGGCUGUUAACGGAUUCGGAAUUCAAAACGAAGUUUUUGACGUUACGUUUGAAAGGUGUGAUUGUAAAUAAACAGUGUGUUGCGAAAGUAACAAGUUUUUUGUGAUAAAUUGAUUGAAAAUGACGUCGCGAUCCAAGGAGAAGGUGGCUGCAGCGUUUCGGAAGCUGUUCCAGUCGCCUGAGAAACUGGAUAAAGAUGGAGCUGGGCCGAGUGGCUCACCAGCGAGACGCGGCUUGUUCCGUCGACACAGAGACGGCGUGAGCCCCGCAGAAGCAGCAGUGAGUCUGCCCGCCAGUCCCGCCGCCUCCGCGCUCGCGUCCAAGAAAGCAGUCGGCGCGAAUGACGUGCGCAUGAGACGACUCAUGAAGGAGCUGAAGGAAAUACAGCGGUUGCAAGAGCACAGACCAAAUCCUGUAUUUACAGUAGACCUAGUGAAUGACAACUUGUUUGAGUGGCACGUGCGCUUGCACCAGAUCGACCCAGAGAGUGAGCUGGCCGCUGACCUGCGCGAGCUAUCCAUCCCCAACAUCCUGCUGCACCUCGUGUUCCCGGAGAACUUUCCCUUUGCGCCGCCCUUCAUGAGGGUCAUCGAACCACGGAUAGAGAAGGGAUUUGUUAUGGAAGGUGGCGCAAUAUGCAUGGAGCUGCUGACGCCGCGCGGCUGGGCGUCCGCGUACACCGUGGAGGCGGUGGUGAUGCAGUUCGCGGCGUCCGUGGUGAAGGGGCAGGGACGCGUGGCGCGCGUGCCGCCGCGCUCCUCGCGCGAGUUCUCCCGCCGCCGCGCCGAGGAGGCGUUCCGCUCGCUCGUCAAGACGCACGACAAGUACGGCUGGGUGACGCCCGCGCUGUCUGACGGUUGAACUAAGAUUGUAGUCAACCCUAAUGCUGAUUGGAUCUCUCGUAGUUAAUAAAUUCAAUUUUAUUGUAAUAAUUUUAGUUGUAAUUAGACAAAACCUACCUAUAAACCCUUCUACGUAAUUUAAUAACCUUUGUCUCCGAUUACCUACAGUGAAAUGUUAAAUAACGUCUAUUAUAUUUGUUAUGUACCUCAUUAGUGUAGUGAAAUUGUCGUGGAAUUGAUGCAAUUAACUAAGAAUAUUCACUAGUUGACAUAGUUUCACAUGAAACUAUGUCAAUGAAGGAGAAUAGAGGGCGCCACAACGCCAUACGCCUGUGAUUGCCAUUGGUAUUAUAUGGUUAUAUACGCUAUAUUGCUAUAUAGACACUACACACAAUACACACUGUGAAAAUGUGUAAUGUCAGCCACAUACGGUCAAGUAUAUAGUUGAAAUAUGGUUAUGGGUAUGGUAUCAAUAUCUUUUUCACUGCCGCAGAGUUCAUGAUAAACUUGAUUGUAAGUGACUGCCACGGCCAAUGAGCCAAGUAAAAACAAUUUAUAUUAUACCAUGAGUAUAUAGUAUAUUUUAUGCCGCGCUAUAGCUAUCACAACUAUUAUGAGUCAAUUGCAACUGUAUAUAUAUCUACGACAUGCUAUGAAGACCGUUAUUUUCGCAAGUCUACGCCCAUUCUCAAAUGCACAUUAUUAAAUGAAAUGCACAAGAACGAUUUUUCUUGCUUGACGUGUGGCGAAAUCCCUACCUACAAAUAAUAAUUUUGCACCACUUUACAUUACUAUCGACAAUGUGGUAAAAAUAUUGAAAUUCCUGUUUUGGACAUAAACAUUAAUUUUUAAAACUGUCCAUGGACCUCACCAAAAUCAAAUCAGAACAGUCUUCAUAGCGUGUCAAUUAAAACGCUAUACCUACAGAAAUCCUUUGUUUCACUCAAAUGAUGUAGACGCUUUUUUAAAAAGGAUUAUUGCUAUAUUUCUUAAUAUGACUAAUAAUCCUUUUCCACUCCAAUUGGUCUUAAAGACUGAGAGUGUGUGUACCACAAUAGUCCAAUGGGAUAGAAUCCAUGAUUGGGUCUUUUACAUAAUUUCAUCCUUUGUUUCAACCGUACCAUAUUGUGACUAAAAACCAUUGACCUUUUAUAAUAAAAGGACGCACGAUCAUGUAGAAAACGUCACUUAAAACUGGCCAAUUUUGCUUUGGAAGUUAGAAUUAUGAGUAAAGAAAAUUAUACCUAAAGGCCUUUGAAUAUAGUUAAAUAUUCAAUAAAAUCCCAAAUUUAGAGCAAAUUCAACUUAAGGUUUGAGUUUAAGGUUGAAUUUGCAAAUGCGACUACUUGAAUUGAGUGCCAAGAAGUUGUGUUUGGCACUCAUUGAGUGGGGACAUUUUUUGGUCGCUGAUUGUGCAUCCACUUUUUAAUAGGAGAUCGAUGCUAAAAACUUAUAUUGUGUGCCAAAAGAAUACCUAUAGACGUAUUGUGCUCAAUAGUACCUAUUUCCUAUAUUAAGUCUUUACACUUUAUCUAUUCCUUUCUUUUGAUAACACUCUUGUCAAGUGCUUAACUCUAUUUUAAUAUAAUAUACUCCUCCACACACACACUUUAGAUGUACCUACCUAUUAAAAUACCUACUAUAACACAUUUUUCAAAAUUUUUAAAUAUUUUAAUUAUAAUGUGUCCGUCCCAAAGUCAUUUAAUAGUUUUUGAUAUGACAUUGUAUACUAACAAAAACUUUUAAAGACAUUUGAUGUACCUAAAUAAAUUAGUGUAGUUAUAUUCUCAGAUGGUUUCUUCAGUGAUAUUGUACUGGAUUUACGUCAGUCUUAGUAGUUGAUGAAACAACUAAACAACUAAGAUUUAUGUGGUUAAUAUUCGUCUGGGUUUACGACAGUCUGAGUAGUUGAUGAAACAACUGAAACUUAUGUGGAUGUAACAUUCUACUGAAUUUACGUCACUCACAGUGACAUAAACAUUCUACUGGCUUCAUGUCAGUCUCAGCAGUUGAUGGAACAACUAAACAACCGAGAAUUGUGAGUAUAACAUUCUACUGGGUUCAUGUCAGUCUCAGUAGUUGAUGAAAUAACUAACCAACUACGACUUUUGUGGAUGUAACGUUUAGUGGGUUUACGUCAGUUUCAGUUGUUGAUGAAACAACUGAGACUUUUAUGUGGGUAGUCUGUAAUGUAUUCAAUAAAAAAAUACACAAGAAUACCAGAUCAUCUUAGAUGUAGUCACCCUAUAACUUUCAAGCUAAAUCUUGAAAUUCUUUGAUUGCUGAUUUGAUUGAUUACAGGCUUUUCAUGUUAUUUUUAAAAUGUACUUUGUAAAUAGAUUCAUCUUUGAGAUGUAAAAAAACAAGUGACCUAUUAUAGGAAGUCUGUUGGCUUGAAUGUAGUGGUAAGUUGGCAGAAUAAGUGCAUUUAUGUGUAUAAACUGAAGAAGUGUUGUUUUGUUGAAUGUUCCUUCAUUUUUUAUACACCUUCGACAAAUUAUAUAGGGCCCUGCCUCUCUAGACGUUACACCUGUCCAAGAUCAACAAUCCAACACAUUAAAAAAAAACAAAUCAACGUUUCAUUGUUGUAAUAGUUGCAGAUUACUAAAUAUUAGUUAUAUCAAAUUUGCAACAAAAACAAUAUCUAAAAAGAAUUAAUUCUUCAGUCAGAACAGGCAAACCAUAGACCAAGUAAUCAAAUGUUCUGUGGAUCUAAUAGGGGAAAACACACCCCCUAAAAAAUUACAGACAAUUUUGUUGCUGAAUUUGGACGUGAUACAAGUUCAUAUGUAUUUGGUCUGAGUCACACACAACGCCUCAUUCCAUUACCUGUACACCUUACCACUAUCCAAAGUAGACAGACUGUGCAAAGACAUUAAAAUAACAUUAUUAAUAUUUUUUCAUGUAUUCUAAUAUCUCUAUUAUUUUAUUAAAGCCUCAAGAGUAGUUAUGCUCAAAUUAGUGAUUUGUGUACCUUUGAUGUUUAACUAUUUGUAUACAACAUGUGAAUGUGUCUGCUAACGCAACAUCUUAGUAUUGAUAGAUGUUAUAAAAAAAAUUGUAAAUUGAUGUUGUUGAUUUGUUCAGUGAACCAAAGAUGUUUAUUUUUUAUGGUAAAAUAAUUUAGUGCAAGAAUUGUAUAGCUGGAUUAUAUGUACAAUGUUAUGAGUGUAAUAAAUUACUUGCUCAAUUAUAACAAA